AUGGCUGAAGAUGGGUCACCGAAAAUUUAUUCUCACCCUCCCAGAGAGAGCAGUAAGACACCCACGGACUCAACUGUUUUCCCCAGACCAGAGCCAACCAUAACUUCAGAAGGAGAUCACGUGACUCCAGUGACUGAGCACACACUAGAAGGGGAUUUUUCAACGACAGCCAACAAGCUUCCCACUACACAGGACAAGCUCAAACGAGAAGAUGACGUUGAAACCCAUAAGUCAACUCUCCCAGAAAAAGGCAGCAUCACUCCUACUGAGACAACCAACUCCACAGCUAGUGAGAUUGUUAGUGAAAGCUUCAUUCCAGUGAAAAUUGGAAGUAUUUCAACACCAGUUGGAACUGUUUCUUUAAUAGAUUUCCCCAGUACUCUGGCAAAAGAAGACGUCCUCUUGGCUUCCAGUGGCAUAGGGGGCAAAGACAGCUCACUGACGGCUGAGCUCUCUAGCCCGCUGGAGAACAGCAAGGGCAGCGUAGAGGACACCUCUGCCCUUCAAACUGAAAAGCCAGAAACUGAUGUUACAAUUUACACUUCCUCAAUCAAAUCCGAUGUACCUGGUGACGAGGCUGCCCGUGUCACCAAAUCACUGAUUCCAGAGGCUGAAAUCUCUCCUUCUACUGACAAAGACUUCGCUGACAACCCAGACACAACCAAUCUUGCUAAAGAGAAGGUAACUGAAAUUGUCUCAGAGGAUGACCCCACUGUUGUGAGCAAGUUAACUGACAAUGAUGAGGAAAAGUUCAUCACAGUGUUUGAGCUCACUAAUUCAAUGGAAAAAGACAAAGGUGACUCAGAAGAGAGCUUAACUGAUGACGAGUCUCCUGACGGGACUAAUGCUUGGAUGGAGAGAGAGACUACCAAUGAAGCCGAGACCCACUCUGUUUUGCUCACAGCUGUUGAGUCCAGGUACGACUUCAUUGCUCCUGCCCGUGGGAUGAAGAACUUCAAGGGAGAUCCAGCCGCAAGCAUAGCCGUAGGUUCAUCUGAAAAUGCUACAACACCCUCUGUGAUCAAGAUCAUCGAGCCAUUGUCAGCAGAUGCCCCUGCACUAGACACGCCAGACAACAAGGAAGAUUCUUCCAGCCCUGAGACGGGGGUCUUUAAACUACUGAAAGAAGAUCCAGAUGAGUUCAUGAUAUAA